CAGUUUGUUGGCUGCCGGUUCAUCAGUGCGGCGCGCGCGGGGUGCGUGAGCGCUUGGAGACGUAGCGCUGCGCGUGGGUCGCUACGAGGGGUGUGUGCGUCCGUGACACUACUCUACAACACCGAUUAGACAUCAUAUAUCAACCUACGGCGGGUCACGGAGCAUCGCAUCACUCACCCUGGAAACCAACGCUCUUAAACGGCAUCAGCGCAUUUCUGCCAUUCAAUCCGUUUGAACAGCGCUCAUUCGCGAAUACACCCUGCUUCGGAGGUGGCUUCUAAUACCGGACAAUGACACUGACCCAUAGCCGGAGAUAGGGAUGUAUCCAAGAGUGUGGAGGAUGCUCGCCCUGCUCGGUGUGUUUGCAGUCUUGCUGGAGGUGAAUGGUGAUGACAGCUACCUGAAUGCAGUGCAAAAUACAGUUCCUCUGUCCUGCUCUGAGGGCUUCACUGAGCUGGGCUAUUACAAUGGCACAGUUUCUCAGACUGACUCGGGUUCACCCUGUCUAAAGUGGGCCGAAUUCCCAGAUUACGUGCAGCAGUAUCCGGGCAGGGGACUUGGAGAGCACAAUUUUUGUCGAAAUCCUGACCGUGAGUCCAACCCAUGGUGUUUUUUCAGGCAGAGCUCAGGGGCCAUUGGUUGGGCCUACUGCGACUGCCAUCAAGGAGCAGUCAGGUUAGCAGGAGGUUCAUCCCCAAAAAGUGGCCGACUGGAGGUCUACCUGAAUGGCCAGUGGGGGUCGGUUUGUGACAGACACUGGACAGACCGUGAUGCUAGUGUGGUUUGCCGACAGCUUGGACUGGGUGAGAUUGGCACGGCUCUCCAGCAUUCAUAUUUUGGCCCCGGCUCCGGGCUUUUUCACUACGCCCGCCUUGGCUGCCGUGGUGAUGAGAAAUCCCUGCUGGAUUGCAGAAGCAGGAAGUUUGUUACGAGUGACUGUAACCAUGGAAACGAGGCCGGAGUGGUGUGUGCACCACCUGAAGGUAAUGGACCGCCGCUGCGGUUGGUUGGUGGAGAGGAGGACUUUGAGGGACGAGUUGAGGUCUUCCAUGAUGGGCACUGGGGGACCAUUUGCGAUGAUCAGUGGGAUGACAUGGAUGCUGAAGUGGUCUGCAGGCAGCUCGGAUUGGGGGGUAUCCCUAAAGCCUGGUCAUGGGCUCAUUUUGGGCAGGGCAGUGGGCCGAUCCAAUUGGACGCAGUACAGUGCACAGGCAAUGAGCUCUCUUUGGACGAGUGUCGUCACAGCGGAUGGGAACAACACAACUGUGACCAUAUGGAAGACGCUGGGGUGUCAUGCAAUCCCUAUACAGAUGGUGUAGUGAGACUGGUAGACGGUGAUAACCCAUGGGAAGGUCGUCUGGAAGUAUAUCACUCUGGGGACUGGGGCACGGUGUGUGAUGACAGCUGGACGGAGCAGCAUGCACAGGUGGUCUGCAGACAGCUGGGAUUCAGGGGUGGCGCAGAGGUCGCUCCUGCUGGCGCUUUCGGAGAAGGAACAGGGCUGAUUCUGCUUGACGAUGUGGAGUGUGAAGGCAGCGAGAGCUCUUUGCUGGAGUGUAAACAUAGCGUGUGGGGUCGACACGAUUGCUCUCAUAGCGAAGAUGUUGGAAUACGCUGCCACAGGGAAGAAAACAAUGAGGUCCCACUGGCUCCAGAAAGUACUGGACCUCUGGUACGACUGGAAGGUGGCGACAAUAGAAAAGAGGGCAGAGUGGAGGUGUUUCUUAAUGGAGAGUGGGGCAGCGUCUGUGAUCAUGGCUGGAAUGAUGUCAAUGCUGCCGUUGUCUGCAGACAGCUCGGAUUCACUGGGGUGUCAAAAGCAAGGCCGAUGGGUUAUUUCGGAGCAGGGAAGGGGACCAUCCAUCUGACCAACGUGAGGUGCACUGGGAAGGAGUCGCUCCUCGGAGAGUGCCCUUCUAAAGGACAAGACAGCCACACUUGUAAGCAUGGACAGGAUGCAGGUGUUGUGUGUGAUUAUUUGCCAGAGCCAGAGGCUGACAUAGCAGUGGUGGGCACACACACCUGCGGUUUGAGAGCUGGCGCUGAGAGACGCAGCAAGAGGAUUAUUGGAGGUUAUAAAUCUCUCAGGGGUGACUGGCCCUGGCAGGCGUCCCUGUGGCUCAGAUCCCAAUCUAAAGGGAAUCAGCCUCUGUGCGGAGCCACUCUCAUCAACUCCUGCUGGCUGCUCACUGCAGCUCAUUGCUUCAAACAGUUUGGAAGUGAUGCUUCACGGUACAUGGUGAAGCUCGGGGAUUAUAACACACAGGAGCAGGAUGAUUUUGAACAUGUCCUCUCUCCAGAGCGCAUAGAAGUGCACAAGAAGUACCGAACAGAGAGCUGGGAGCAUGACGUGGCUCUGAUCCGGCUGAAGGGCGCUGAGGGGAAGUGCGUGUCCUUUAACCCUCAUACUAACGCCGCCUGCCUGCCUGCACCUGGCAGCAAGUGGGGCAAGAGACCUGCAUCAUGUGUCAUCACUGGCUGGGGAAUGACAGACACUGAGCAUCCCAGCACUCUUCUUCAGGCCUGGGUACCUCUUCUGCCCUCGUGGCAAUGUAAGAAGCGUUACGGCGAGCGUUUCACUAGCCACGACAUGCUGUGUGCUGGCAGUAUGACGUCUGAUCUCAGAAAGCAUGCUGACAGCUGCCAGGGCGACAGCGGGGGUCCGUUAGUGUGUCAGGGUGAGGCAGGGCGCUGGGUACUGACAGGGGUCAUUUCCUGGGGUCACGGCUGCGGUGACCCCUCGUACCCAGGUGUAUAUUCACGGGUCAGUCGUUACCUGCCCUGGAUCGAACAGGUGACGCACAGCACCGCCCCUCUCCAACACUGAAGCACAACUCUUUCCGAAAACCACCUGCACGUCACACUUCAGAGAACUAGGACUCUGUUAAAGGAAAAACAAGAUCCUGAGAGUGUUUGACACCUGCUAUAAUCUUUGAACACCCUGGAUCUUAAUUCCUCUGUAUUCUGUAAAGUUCAGUUUUAUGUCUUUAGCAUUUAGAGAUUAGGAUCUAUUCUUACUCGCAGAGUCUGUGAAGGUUGAUACUGUGGAAUGAUCAGUGUGAUGGUAAAUGGACAGUUUACUUAAAAAUUAAAGUUCUGUCAUCAUUUACCCACACUCUAGUUCCAAACCUAUAUAAACGAUGACAGAAUUGACAUUUUUGGGUGAACUGGCCCUUUAAAAGAGUGUGAUUCUACCAUGCAUUUAAAAUGUUUGUAGUGCCGUCCAGAGGCUGCAGUGCAUGUCAAUGUAUGUAUUGUAUUUAAAAGCCAUUCGAUGCAGCUGCCCAGGCCUUCUGCAUGGUAGAGAAUGAUAGUAUAAGCUCCGCAAAAGCAGGUUUAUUUCUUAUUCUGUGGGGCGGAAGAAAACUGAAUGGAUUCCUCUGCUAUCCUUAUUUAACAGAAGGCUUGAACUGCUCCUCUAAUUUUCAAGGAAACAUUUUCAGUGUUGUGGAUUAGACAAGUAAAAUGAAUCACGUAGGCUUUUUUUAGAUAGCGACAGUCGAAGUGAUCUUUAAAGCCAUGUGUCUUCUAGAUGUGUCAUACAUCUAAUGCAGUAAUUUGAUUUUAAUCAUGUACAGUAAAUCAUGAUAUUUAACACAUUGGUUUACCAAGUAUGCUCUGUAUCAGUUUUGAUGCAUUAACAUACAGCUCUUGAAGAUAAAUACUCAGUAUGUUUUGAUUUGUCUCAAUCUUAGUAGACGUUUUAUGACAUCAAUGGCAUUUUAAAUUCAUAAUAGUGGAACACCUAAUGUGACUUUUCUCUUAUUUGUCAUUGUGAUUUACAAUACAAUGUGUGUCAUUCUGUAAAUGCAGUAUAGCAGGUGAUAAUGGAUUUUAUCCGUUCAAAGGGUAAAAUCAAGAGGAGUUUUUCACUUCUAAUGUAUUGAAAGAGCACGUGACUAUGUUUUGGUUGACAGUCAGUAAAGUCGUUCCUGUUCUUUGUUCUAUGAACUUUGUGUUUUCAUCCAGUGGGUGGCGAUAUUGUGUGUUUUUUGUUUUACUCAGAUCUGUUCAGCGCUGUAUCUAGAAAAAGAUUCUUCAGCCUGUUUCAUAUUUUAAACCCAUUUUGACUGUUUCUUCAUUACAGAACAUAAUUUCAGUGAUAUUCAUGCAAAUAAUGGUAGAUUUCUGUAGAAGAAAGAAAAAUGUAAAUAUCAAGGGCUCUUUAAAAUUGGUCAUUAAAAAAGGCAAUAGGCAUCUAAGAUGAUGAUGAUGCAUGGCUGAGAAUGUAAAAGCCAAGAGUGUCAAAUACAAUCAAAUUUGUAUGGCCAGUUUUAUUGAUCGCACAUUUGGACUUGAACGAUUUCCAUUUGUGUAAAAUAUAAACGGCUGGGGUGAAAGUAAUAUGACAUUUAAAAAGUCUAAAUGAUUAUCUUUUCAGGUAUAUCUCAUUGGCUGAUAUUUUCAUAUGGGCAUGAAUGUCCAUUUUUAUGGGUGCAACAAAAACGAAUUGCUCCCUAAAACACUGACUCAAUUUACUUGCAAGAUCUGAAAUGAAAGCUAGUUCUUAACAUUAGAAAGUUAUAUUCAGCCUGCUUUACAAUCAGUGUAUAUUGUCUUACAGAUUCCUCUAAUAAUCUGGUAUUGCCUGCUAAAUUAGUUAACAGGCAUAUAUUAUUCAUGUAUUCUUAAUGUAAGUGGAGCUAUGCCUUCCGAUGGGCCUUCAUAUUUCUACAGCAUUAUAUUGCUAUAAAAACCAUUAGGCCUACACAUUCAUCAUGGAUUUGCAAAAGAAAAGAAAAAAAGAGUGGUUUGGUUUAGAUCUCAAAUUACAACUUUUUUAAUUAAUUUAUUAUUUAUUUAUUUAUUUAUUUGCUUAGUUGGUCUUGUAGGUUAAUUCUGGAGAUGUAUUAAAUGCAAACCGCGGACUGUACUGAGUGCUCCUCCUCUCUAAAGGCUAACGUCUUUCUGUGUUUUGGAUGGUGCCUGCUUAGAUCUUCAAAAGCCAUUCUAAAAGUAAACUACACAGAAGACUGUUCAAAGCAGCCAAUCACUGCAUCAGAGCUUUGGGACUCUUCAUCAAGGGCCGUGAUAAGAGCUCAUCUCCCUGACACACUGGAGAGGGCUGAUGUCUGUUGCAUGUCAUGCAAGCAUCUGUUUGUAUGUUGAUGUUCUCAGUCAUUACCAAGUCUUUGAUUUUCUGUAAAAAAAGCUUUGAAUAUUUAAUGUGUGACAAGUGCCAAAAUAAAGUGACCUCUUCUUGUGGCAUUCA